UCAAUUCAUUUGUAAUUCAAUUGUUCGUUCGGUAGGACCUAGUCUGCUGCCGGUUCAAAGAGUUUGAAUUUUCAAAAUGAAGGUGCUAGCUCUACUUCUAGCCAUUUACCUCAUAGAGGUAAAUGGCCAAUUUUCGCCGUUUCGCAAGAUCUUCCAGAAAUUGCACGAAGAACCUCCACCACCAGUGCCAGUUUUUCGGAAUAAUAUCAACAUGAAUUAUAUCGAACAAAAAUUGGACCACUUUGACCUGAAUGAGAAGAGGACGUGGCAAAUGAGGUAUCUCUCAAAUGAUUAUUACUUUAAACCAAACGGACCAAUCUUCAUCUAUGUCGGUGGUGAAUGGACCAUUUCCGAGGGAAGCUUGCGAGGAGGACACAUGUUUGAUAUGGCCAAGGAGUUAAAUGGCUACAUGUUCUACACUGAACACAGAUACUACGGACGUAGUCACCCAUUUGCCGAACUGACAACCGCAAAUCUGAAGUACCUCCACGUCAAACAAGCACUGGCUGAUUUAGCUCAUUUCAUCACGACCAUGAAGAGUACUAUUUCUGGAUUAGAGAAUUCAAAGGUAAUCCUUGUCGGUGGAUCUUAUUCCGCUACCAUGGUUACAUGGUUCAGCAGGCUCUAUCCAAAUUUAGUAAACGGAGCAUGGGCUUCAAGUGCACCAUUACAAGCGAAAGUUGAUUUCGUAGAAUAUAAAGAAGUCACUGGUCAAUCAAUUAGGCAAGUAGGUGGUGACGCUUGUUACAUACGAAUCGAGAACGCAAUUAAGAUUUUAGAGGAAGAUUUCGCCAACGGCGACUUGACUAAUGUUAAAAAAUAUAUAAACGUUUGCCAAAAUUUUGAUACCAAUAACAAAUUGGACGUGUGGACAUUCUUCAGUGCCAUCUCAGACAUCUUUGCUGGAGUGGUCCAAACCCACAAUUCAGGUAGUAUCGAAAACAUGUGCUCACUGAUCCUAGCAGGCAACGACGACAUUGCCGGACUUGGCAAUUUUCUUAAAGCUUAUUUGGGAUACGGAAGUCAAUGUGUUGACAUUACCUACGAAGCUGAUGUAGCUGAACUGAAACAAACAAAAUUAUCAGAUGAUAUGAUGCGCCAAUGGUAUUACCAAACUUGCAAUGAAUACGGAUGGUACCAAACAUCAGGUUCUAGUGAUCAACCGUUUGGAAGCAGUUUCCCCGUAGAACUCUACACCAAACUUUGUCAUGAUGUCUACGAUAUGCAAUUCUCUGCUGAAAGUAUCGAAGACAACGUUCAGCAAACCAAUAUAGACUUUGGUGCUCUGAAGCCUGGCGUUAACAAUGUAUAUUUCACCCAUGGAUCCUUGGAUCCCUGGCACGCAAUGGGUCUCUUAUGCGAGGGUGAAUGUGGAACAGUUAUCCCAAUGUACGCUCACUGUAAGGAUUUGGCAUCAAGCAGCUCUGCGGACACCGAAGAAAUGAGUGCAGCGAAGUCAACCAUUUUCAAAUUGGUCAAAAAGUGGGUGGAGUAAUAAUGUACUUCCCAUUGAAAUCAGGUUUUUAAGUAACUGAAUUUCGACUGAUGUAUUAAAUUGUUCCCUGUUAUCUAA